UAUCGUUUUCAUACAAAAACCUUAACUGAAUGUGAGUUCCCAAGUACGCAAUCGAAUUGUUAAAGUUCUGACGGUCGCGGCAUUAAGAAACCGGCGCCAUUUUGGAUUUGAUUCAGUUCCAAUAUUUCGCUGUCCGAACGAUUGGAAAACGAAGAAAACGGCGCUUGGAUUGUUGUCAAUACUUCAUUAUGUGGAAGUCGUUUAUAUAUUAGUGCUAGCCCGAUUGCCGCACGAUGAUAACUUGAGGGCAUCUGUAAAAAAUGGGAAAGUGGUUGGUUUUUCUAGAUAUAAAGGACCGGUCCAUUAUUAGAUUAAUUUGAGUUUCACUCGAGCAUUGAAAUGCAUGUGGGCAUGCAUACGUGCAUCGGUAUGCUCACGUAGUGCAUCGAUAGUACUGUCAACGAAUGCGCGUUGCACGCGCAAUAAUGGUGCUGGUGCAUCUAAACAGUUACUUUCAUCUGUUUUCUUCCGAAACAUGUUUCGCAAGCAUUUAAGCAGGGCCAAGGGAAGGCAGCUUCCUCGUGAAACGAAAUGAAAAUUUUUUGAAAACGCCAAUCUCUGUAGGAUAACUGGAAAAUUGUCAUUGCAGAUGUGACAAGGUUGCAUUACGAUAUUUUUCACUUUGGCUUGGUUUGACAAAUAGAGACAACAAUGAAGUUCGACACUAGACUGUUAUGGCUAAGGGAUGUGGCUGGUCGGUGCAAUACCAAAAAACUUACCAGAGCACAAUGCAUCUUACUAAGUUGAUGCAUUCGACAUCGACUUAGAUUAACCUUUAUCUUUUAGGCUUAGUAGUUACGUUGGCUCUUUUGGAGCUCUGUCAUUGUUAGGAUUUACCGACUGCUCAUGAAAUCACCUUUAAUGAAGCCGAAGAGGCACACGGGGAGGCAAAGUCUCUUUUGAGAAGGUACAGCACCGUACGACUGACUUCGAUGAACAAUGAACCAUUCGGGAAGCGGAAAACGUCAGGCGAAGGUUUUGGAAGAAAAUUAUUGGGACUGCAGUGUCUGCACAUAUAGAAAUACAGCAGAAGCAUUCAAGUGCCUCAUGUGUGACGUCCGCAAAGGAACUUCCACGCGGAAACCCCGCAUCAACCCUCAGUUGGUGGCACAACAGGUUGCUCAGCAACAGUAUGUGCCACUUCUGAAGCCAGGGAAAAAAGAAGGAGGAAGUGGGGGCAGUACAACGAGUACUGGUAAAGAAAAGGAGCGCAAGUUGGAUAAGCCAAGGCGCAAGAGUAGACAUCCUCCUCGUCUCAAAAAUAUUGACCGCAGUACGGCACAGACCAACGAAGUUACGGUUAAUAAUGUUACUGUCGUUAUCACAGAGUAUAAGCCCAAGAUAAAGAAGAGUUCUGAUCAGUCUGGUUUAUCCAGCAGUGCUUCAUCUGAAAAUGGAAGCCAGCACGAUUCUAAUCAGGACUCGAGAAGUCUGGAUAUAGGAACUGAUGCAUAGCUCGUUGCUAAGCAAUGCAAUUGUGUGAAGGAUUCUUAUUAAUAUAUUGCAUAGCAUAUAUCGAUCAUCUAUUAUCCACAAUGUAUGUCCUUUAGAAACAAUUGAUCAGUUUGUCUCUACAUUACAGAUUGCGAUAAACGGUCAGUCAAUUUAUACUACUAAUGGAAACAUUAUGACGAUGUUAUUGAACUGAUAACAAUUAUUUUAUUUAUUGACCCAGCACAAUUAAAUCAAAUGGUAGACAUGCCUUUGAUAUCUGAUCAUGUAUUCUACUCGAUAACAUUUUGGCUGCAUUAACAGCUACGAAAUAAUUAUAAGUUACGAUUUCCAAAUGAAAAUGUGUCCAUUACUAGAAUAAAUUGCGUAGAAAUAUUUGUUACAAUUUGCAUCACUGCCAGAGAGCACGCUCUAAUGAUGUCAUUAUCCCAAGUUCUCUUAAUAUGAAAAUCAAGCAACAACUUUUGUUACGAAAUUGUUUCUUGAGUCAUUUUAUUCCCGACUGUAUUACAUUGAAUCAUCAGCAGCCGUUUGUAAAGAUGGUCAAAUUAGAUAUUAAAAUUGUGACAAAAAAUAUGUCAAUAUGUUGCAAGUUUAAGAGCAGUGGCGUAGUGAUAAAGAAUAACCACAUGAAUGUCUUCAUGAGCUUAAUCUUGUCGACUGAUCUUACUUGGUAUUAAAUAGGCACAACUCAACUUCGAUAUCUACUUAGUUCAAUGUGUUUCAUUUACCUACCAACAAUAUUUUCAUUUUGAACGUUCAUACAUGUAAAAUAUGACACCCUUUUAAAUGUAUGAUUAAAUGUUACUUGGUCAAUUUUUAACUGCUUAUAAUACUGCUCAUUUUUAAUGUUGGUAAUAAAAUAUCUCAUUGUACCGUUACAUGCUAACUUUGUAGACUUAUGUAGUCGAAGCUGUGGUAAUUUAUUGUUACAUAAAUUAGUCUAUCGACUGUAUAUAACUAAAAUUUAUCAACAUAUGUAUCACGAAAGGUCUCGUUGAUCAACGUGAAUUGACUUCGAAAUGUAAUGUAUCAUUACGUGUGUUCAUAUUUUUAUUCAAUUUUUUUUGUUUUAUGAUUUAAUUAUACGGGAAUAUAUCGUUUUAUACCUGUGUUUAUGAAAUUCUUAAUGUACCGAAGUAGGAUUUAGAUAUUAAAAAAAAAAAUAUUAAAUUAAGUUUCUUAGUUUAGAAAAACAAUGCAUUUGUAAUUAAGAAAUGUUAGAACACGUCUGAAUUUAAUUUUGUGUUCUAGAAAGAUCUAUCGACAAGAUUUAAAUCGAUUAUAAUAUCAGAAAAUAUUUCCAUAGCGACUAUACUGAAUGCCCAUUUAUUUAUAAACACAAAUGCCAUCUUUCACCAAACUGUUGAAUAAUUAGUUUUCAUGGAAGAGCUUCCUCUCGUAUCACAUUGCACGUAUCUUCUUGUUUUUAUAUUUUCUUACUUUAUGUUCAAUAUAAAAUUCCGUGAAAAUAGCAUUAUGUUCAUGCAUGACAUAAUAACAUAUAAUAGAUGGCAUCGUAAUUAUACAAAUGACUGGAAAUUCAUAAAUUAUUGCUAUUAACAUAAUUUGUACAUAUUUCAUAUAUAUAAAGGGCAUUUAUGGUAUUGAGAUUGAACGAUGUACAAUAAAAAACAGUGCAACUGUCCAUUGUUGUAAAAUAAAAUAUAUAAGUAA